CCUAAGUAUGGCGAUCUUAUAUGACGUUCUUUUUUGCUGAACUUCAGCGAUGGUGAGUUCAAUCUUGAAAUAUCUCGUGCAUCGAGUAGUGGACGCCGUGAGUAGUGGACGUGAACCAUGAAUAAAUAGUUUGAAAAACGACUUGCAUAUAAUAUUUGAUCAAGAAUGGAUAAUUUUAUAUCCUACGAUAAAUGUUUGAGCGAGGAAGAGAUUAGAACUUUGGAGCUCCAAAACUCCCGUUUGGUGUCCGAACAUAAAGCAAAGAUGCUAGAAGUUGAGGCCAAGAAACAUUGGGAUUUGUUCUACAAACGCAAUGAGACUCGGUUUUUCAAAGAUCGGAAUUGGACAACUAGAGAAUUCGAAGAACUAUUGGACGAUCCCAGCAAAACCGUUACAAGGACGAUAUUUGAGAUAGGAUGUGGCGUCGGAAACUUCAUAUUUCCUCUUGUUAAAGAUGGUUUGAAUUUCAAUUUCCUCGCUUGCGAUUUGUCUCCAAGAGCAGUGGAUCUUGUUAAGAGCAAUGAAUUGUAUGAUGGAGUAAGGGUUAAAGCUUUUCAAGCUGAUGUUACAACCUGUAAUUUAGUACAAGAAACUGCUAGUGAUGUGGUAGACAUUGCCACCUUGAUAUUUGUUUUAUCUGCUAUUCAUCCAGAAAAAUUCUUUGCAACAUUGAAGAAUAUCCAUACUGUCAUUAAACCUGGAGGAAUCUUACUAUUUAGAGAUUAUGGUCUAUAUGAUAUGGCACAAUUGAGGUUUAAAGCUGGACAUAAAAUAGCUGACAAUUUUUACAUGCGUCAGGAUGGUACAAGGAGUUAUUACUUCUCAACAGACUUUGUGGACAACUUGUUUAAGAAAGCUGGCUUUGAGGUGAUCUCUAACAGCUAUGUUCAUAGAAGGACCAUUAACAAAAAAGAGAAUAUUGAUGUACCCAGGAUUUUUGUGCAAGGAAAGUUCAGGAAAAUUUAAAAGAAGCAAGAGUUUACUUUUAAUCUACAAUUUUUGAUUUGAAAACCAUGUCCAUAAGAUCCUGAGAACUAUUACAAAUUUGAAGAAUUGCAUAACUCUUUAUUGCCGGUUCUUGAAGUCCAUGUAAUGCCAAUGUUCCACUACACAAAGAUCAUAACGUAUAAUACAUUAUUGGAUUUUCGUUUUUGGAUGACUGAAGUUUCUAAAAUACUAAGAUCUUAUUCAAUGUACGUCGAUGGGUAUUUGUUCUCUGAUGUCAUGGUUUCCUAAAUACUAAGAUCUUAUACAAUAUACGUUGAUAACUUUUCUGAUGGUUGUGGUUUCCUAAAUACUAAGAUCCAAGAUUGUGCACUUUGGAGAUUCUUCAUAUUCUGAUAGUCUACAGUAAUUGAAAUAUGGUCAGAAGAUCAACUUUUUGGAAGCAGUUCAUUUUCUGAUGAUAGAUGUUUUCAAAAUGUUAAGAUUUUACAUUACUGAUGUGGCUUUAACUUGAAGAACAACCAAUAUUGAAAGAACGCCAAGCCACGUCUUUGUUCCUGAUUU